GAACAAAAAAUGGAGAAUGUAUCUUGAACGCAUGAUGUGUGUGGUGUAAUUGCGAAAAAACUUAUAUUAUCUGCGAAAACUUUAUCACUACAAUGUCGAUUAAUACAUUAUGUGCUACAUUUCGCAAAAUUGCAGUGAGCAGAAUAAGUACUACUACCGCUGCUGCUGCUGCAAGGUAUUCGACACAACAAUCCAACUGCAAUGCAAAUAUAAUUUCUCAUUUAACGUCUGAUAAUUGCAUGCAGUGUGGUACAGGGUCGAUGUACAACAUAAAAUUUAUACCGCGAACACUUAAUAUAGAUUUUGGAAUGCCUACGAGAGGAGAUUUAAUAAGAAAUAUUAUUGAAAUUCCUACUACCACUUUGAUUCCUCCAUUGCAAGAGCCUACGAACCGUUUGCCCAUUCAAUAUGAUUCACCUAUGCUAGAAAAGUCUCUAGAUUUACCUACGAAUGAAAGAAUCAUAGAGAAACAGGCGGUAAAUAUGAUAAGAAUCAGGCGUAAGAAAAUGAAGAAACACAGACGAAGGAAGUUGCGCAAGAAGAUGAAAUUUAUAUUGGAAAAGGUAAGGCUGAAGAGAAGACAGAGGACUGAGAAAUUGUUUCAAACUGAACUAAUUGCCAAAGUUAAAGAAGCAGAAACGUUUGAUGCUGAGGAGUAUGUCAAGGAGAGAUUAAGUAUCUUGAAUAAGAAGAUAUUACCAAGAACUUUCAGAGGUGAGAUUUUGCCUGCUGAGAUGAUUAAACAAUUUUUGGAUGAGAAAAGAGCAAAAAAGGAGGCUAAACGUAAUAAACCUCGUUUAACCUUAUAAUUUAUGUAUAAGUUGUGGCAAUAAAGUUUUAUUAGAAUGGUAAUUAU